AUGAAUAUAAUUUUUAGUGAAAACACUCGGGGCGAUACAGCAAAGCAGUCGGGUGAAAUGAUCGACCAGGCACGAUUUAGGCAUCAUCAACAGCGGAGCAAAUUUAAGGACGCUAUUGACUAUCUUGAUCAAAUUUUUGAAGAUCUCAAAAAAGAAUGUGAUUUACCGGUUCGUGUUUACGUUCUGGAAUCACAUUUUUCGAAAGCUGUUGCUUCGCUUCAACAAACUCAUCAGUCGCCGCCAGUAAUGAGACCAUAUAAAACUAAGAAGCAGCAAAAGAACGACCGAGAAAAAGUUGUGUUAGCAGAACAGUUUCAAGGUGAUAUUGAAGUCUCAGAGACAAUAGUACUUCCUCCUGUUCAAAAGAAACUGAAGGGUGAACGUUUGAAUUUCACUCAAAAAUGGCUUGAAGGCGACAUCAAAUCAUGGAUAACAGCCCCAGCAAAAUCCGAUUUCAGUAUGGAUGGCAUGGAUGAUGAAGAUUCCUUUGAUGAAAGGUCAUUGGGCAGUUGUUCAGCUGAAGUGGCAGCUAUAAAUUCGGCUGUUGGGAAAAAAAAGAAAAGCCGCGAUAUGUCAAAUGUUGUGACUAAAGUUAUUGAGCCUGCAAAGCCCACCAGGAAAAAUGGUGUUUUUCCAAACGGGGAUCAUCCGGGACAACCGGCAAUUAUUAAACCACAGGUUGUCCGACCACAACCAGUUUAUGGUUUUCCAACUGGUAGUGGUUUUAACUCAACGGGUAAUACUGGUGUACCGAUUAUUACUAACGGUGUUUCAGCGGGUAGCAGUAAUGCAAAUUUCAAUAGCUUUCCUCAGCCUUUCCGUGACAUUGAGACAAGAGGUCGGGACCAGAAUCAACUGAACGCUCAUUACCCAUUAAAACGGGUCUCCUCACACAAUCAAGUAUUGGACAGGAAAUCCAAUGAACAAUCUUGGAGGUCAAACCAGGAAUCUUAUAAUACUCUUGGCAGUGUAAAGUCAGAAGAUAUUGGUCUGGGGCGACCAAAUGGCGUAUUUGUUCAGUACAGUCCAAACAGGCUUUUUGAUAAAAAACCUUCUGCAGUGAACACAUCAAAUGUUGAUGCCAAUGCUAUUAAAAUGCGUAUAGCACAACAGCAAGACCCUGUAUUAACAAUAGAUGCUCUUGUAGCUGAACUUGAAUUGAACACAGAUCAGGCAGCAUCAAACUUAAAGCGAAGAUCUUUUCCAACAAAGUUCGAGACCUUGACAAAUCGACCGUCACUAGAUCAUCAUGGGCAACCGGUAAGCAAUAGAAGGCUGACCAACGGAAAUACCUCUUUAAAGCCAAGGGGAAAUGAUAGCACAUCUAAACCUGUACCUAAACAGAAAGAUAGCUCUUUUGAUGAAAUGGCCAACAUGCUUCAUAAUGUUGCUAGUGAAGUUAGCAGGUUGGAAAAUCGGCCUCGAAAAACUAGCCAAAUGAACAACUUUGGUAACAAUGUUUUAUCGCCCUUCGAAACCAUCAACCAAGAACGUUUAGAGCCUAGCAAAGUAGAGGCAAUACAGUCAAUGUUUGAAAACAGGGUGAACCAGUCACCGCAGCGUAGCUUACAUCAAAAUCCAAAUGCAGGCAAAGAAGAAGACACAUACUAUGAGUUUACUGGCCUAAAUAAACUUAACAAACAGAGAUCACCGUCAUAUCCUAAAUUGGCCACAAAGUCACAGUCUCCUUCAAACACUUCUGUACGCAGUCAAAAAGUUCGCAAAAAUUCACCCUUUGUUAACCAUCACGAAUUUGCACCUCCGUUUCCAACCACUCAACCACCUACUUGCCCACCAGGUUCCACCAAUUCUUCACAAACUGGCGGAUAUUACUCGUCUGGGUCUUCUCUUGGUGCAUCGUCGUCACAUGCUUCUCAUCGACAAAAUUCUGUACCUCGAAAAAUUGUACGCCAAGGAUCAGUGGUUGGCAAUCAGUCUUUAUCCUCUCAGGCAAUCAGUGUAGAUGAUGAAGAUGACGGCUUUUAUGACAAUAUUCAAGUCGAUGAGAAGAGAAUGUCCAGACUUACCGACGUGGAUAAUGCCUCAGUAAGCAGUAGGCUUCCGCCGACAGCUAAAGGUGCAACGCGUAUUACGCAGUUCCUCAAAAAAAUUGGAGCCUCAAAACCUCCCGGAAGUGCUGCAUCGUUAGUAUCUCUGAACAAGGUGACAAACGAUAAAGUUUCGCACAAUAAUACGUUAAUAAAAAGCAACAGUCUUAGUAACGAGCCAUGGAAAGAGCAAAUUAUAAAUGGCGGCGAUAAUCUUAAGCAAAAUACGUAUCAAGAAGAGAAAGAGUAUUGUUCUAAUCAUAACAUGCCUUCAAGCCGUACUAAAUACUCAAGAUUUGGAAAUGAAAUGAACCAUGGUUUCAGAAUAGUCGGACCGGUGUCAAAUAUUUUUAAUACAAUCGGGUACUGGAAGAAGUUUGGAACGGAAAUGACCGUAGAAAACUAUCCGCAGAUGAGUUUUCGCAGAAGUCCUUUGGGUGGGAGGCAGUCCGCUUACGGUUAUCUUACAAGAGAAGAUGAGGAAAACAGAACAGAAUAUGUUUUUAAACUUCACACAUAA